AUGUAUCAAAAAAACAAUAAAAGUGUACCGCUUGUCGAAUCUGUCAAUAAUACAGAAGAUGAAGAAAUCCAGCAAUCUCAAGUUUCGUCUUAUUCAAGCAAUUCUUUCGAAUCAAUUUAUCAAACAAAAAGCCAAGAAAUCAAUGCUAUCAAUAGUUUGUUGAAUAUACUUGAGAUAGAUCCUGUAGAUAAAGAUAAAAUGUCUACAAAACGCUUCAAACAGAAGAUGGAGCAAUUAUUAUUAGACUUUACACAGAAAAUUACAGAAAAAAUAAAUACAGCUUAUGAUUUGGAUAUUAAUAUUAUUAACGAUACUGUCACAAAAAAUAUUGUAACAGAUAGUAAAUCUCUUAAAGAGAUUAUUUUUUCCUUACAGAAUAGAUUCGAUUCUGCAAAGGCAAUCGAUGAAAAAAUUCAAAUACUAACCAUUUUACCAAAAAGAUGGAAAUUUAAUGACGUUAAAAAAUAUUUUAACUGCACCAAUUAUAUAAUUCGAGAAUUUCGAAAAUCGAAAGAAACAGAUGAUGGUUUAAUGGUGCGCAAAAGGAAAAAAUAUACUAAAAUUUCGAAGGCCAUGAAUAAUGCAAUUAAAAAUUAUUAUUUAGAUGAAAAUAAUUGUUACACUUGCCCCGGAAUAAAACAAUACAAAAGAAAACGAAGUGAUUCAGAACAGAUAGAAUUAGUGCAAAAAAAGUUAUUACUAUACACACUUCGAGAUCUCUACAACAAUUUUGUUAAUGAUUAUACAGGAGAUGAAUGUUUACCAAAAUUUUCAUAUUUUGCGACCUUAAAACCGGAAGAGUGCGUUUAUGCUGGUGAUCCUGGUACACACGAAAUAUGUGUGUGUGCUGAACAUGAAAACAUUAAACUUAAAGUAUCCGCUUUAAGAAGUAAAUUCAAUUACAGAGAUUUAAUCACUGCUUCUGUCUGUAGUACUGAUAGCCGAGAAUGCAUGUUACAUGAAUGUAAAAAUUGCCCUGGAAUAAAGGGUAUGAGGACUUGGAUUAAAGAAUUUAAUUUUGAUUUGCAAAAAAGUGAAAUUAAUUUUAAACGUUGGGACACAGCUGGAAGUAGAGCUUUUCUAGCCAAUUAUACGGAAAAAACUUGUCAGCAAUUAAAUAAAGUGUUAUCAGGACUAAUUUCUAUAAAUUUAAUUCCCGGUGAAAAGUUAUGUAGAGAGUGUGACAAAGCACUUCACAAAAUGUAUCAAAAAAACAAUAAAAGUGUACCGCUUGUCGAAUCUGUCAAUAAUACAGAAGAUGAAGAAAUCCAGCAAUCUCAAGUUUCGUCUUAUUCAAGCAAUUCUUUCGAAUCAAUUUAUCAAACAAAAAGCCAAGAAAUCAAUGCUAUCAAUAGUUUGUUGAAUAUACUUGAGAUAGAUCCUGUAGAUAAAGAUAAAAUGUCUACAAAACGCUUCAAACAGAAGAUGGAGCAAUUAUUAUUAGACUUUACACAGAAAAUUACAGAAAAAAUAAAUACAGCUUAUGAUUUGGAUAUUAAUAUUAUUAACGAUACUGUCACAAAAAAUAUUGUAACAGAUAGUAAAUCUCUUAAAGAGAUUAUUUUUUCCUUACAGAAUAGAUUCGAUUCUGCAAAGGCAAUCGAUGAAAAAAUUCAAAUACUAACCAUUUUACCAAAAAGAUGGAAAUUUAAUGACGUUAAAAAAUAUUUUAACUGCACCAAUUAUAUAAUUCGAGAAUUUCGAAAAUCGAAAGAAACAGAUGAUGGUUUAAUGGUGCGCAAAAGGAAAAAAUAUACUAAAAUUUCGAAGGCCAUGAAUAAUGCAAUUAAAAAUUAUUAUUUAGAUGAAAAUAAUUGUUACACUUGCCCCGGAAUAAAACAAUACAAAAGAAAACGAAGUGAUUCAGAACAGAUAGAAUUAGUGCAAAAAAAGUUAUUACUAUACACACUUCGAGAUCUCUACAACAAUUUUGUUAAUGAUUAUACAGGAGAUGAAUGUUUACCAAAAUUUUCAUAUUUUGCGACCUUAAAACCGGAAGAGUGCGUUUAUGCUGGUGAUCCUGGUACACACGAAAUAUGUGUGUGUGCUGAACAUGAAAACAUUAAACUUAAAGUAUCCGCUUUAAGAAGUAAAUUCAAUUACAGAGAUUUAAUCACUGCUUCUGUCUGUAGUACUGAUAGCCGAGAAUGCAUGUUACAUGAAUGUAAAAAUUGCCCUGGAAUAAAGGGUAUGAGGACUUGGAUUAAAGAAUUUAAUUUUGAUUUGCAAAAAAGUGAAAUUAAUUUUAAACGUUGGGACACAGCUGGAAGUAGAGCUUUUCUAGCCAAUUAUACGGAAAGUAAAAGCAGUUUUUUAGAUAAUUUGUUUUCUGAUGUCUGGAAUUUAACUCUACAUUCUUAUAUUGCCGAUUCUCAAAAAAUUAUUUAUUUGAUUGUAAAAAAAAAUUGCAAACUGAUACUUGUAUAA